GUCAGCUUUUUGUGGAUGGAACUCCUGGCCUUUCACUCCUGGACUCUAUAUAAAUUCUCCAUCGUUAGGCAGCUAUAUAAAAAAGCACCGUGGAACCUGCUCAAGAAAACACCAACGCACGAAAAAAAGAACAAAUUGUGCAAAUGGCAAAAACUUUCUCAAGUGGUUAUGGGAUUGUUGCCUGUCUUGGAGCCAGAGGAAAUUCCCCAAGCAGCAAUAUGGUAUGCUCUUGUACCCAGUGGAGAGAGACCAGGAGUUCGUGUUGGUCACACACUCACAUAUAUUCCGGAUGCCCCUGGGAAAGGGAAGAUUGUUAUAACUGGAGGAGCAAACCCGAAUGGAAGUUUUUCUGAUGCCCAUAUCUUAGAACUGGAUAGACAUGAAUGGAAUGUACCUGACUGGAAUGGGUUACUGCCGCGUUAUGAACAUGCCAGCUUUGUUCCUGUGACCCUGCCUGCUGGCUUGUGGCUAUUUGGUGGUGCAGACGAAUGUGGAAACAAGAACUGUAUCCAAGUUUUGAAUUUCGAAACUGGAGAGUGGAGAAAUCCAGCAGUAAAUGGAACACCACCAACACCGAGAACAUGCCACAGUUCCACUGCAGCUAUUGGAGAUUGCCUCUAUGUUUUUGGUGGAGGAGACAAGGGAGCAGAGCCUGUACAAGAUACACAACUCCAUGCUUUUGAUAAAGCCACACUUAGCUGGUCACAGAAAUCAACAGAAGGAGAACCGCCAGCCCCAAGGCAUGGCCAUGUGAUGGUUGGUGUAGGCAGCAAGUUAUUCAUUCACGGAGGAUUGGCAGGAGACAAGUUCUUUAAUGAUAUGUAUACCAUUGACACAGCUGCAGUUAAUAUGGAAUGGAAGAAAGUUAAAAUGAAGGGUGAUAUCCCAGGUGGUCGUGCAGCUCAUUCUGCAGUUUCCCAUGGAAAAUACCUUUUUAUUUUCGGUGGUUUGGAUGCCACAGGAGCACUGGAUACCAUGUACAAGUAUCAUAUCGAAACACAAUGCUGGACCUUGUUAGAGUUUGAGUUACCUCUGCCUGCAAAAAGGUUGGAUCAUGCCAUGUGUGUUAUACCCUGGAAAAUGAGGAAAACUGAAACACCUACUCCUAGACCAGAUGAUAAACAAGCUGAAGAGAACAAGGAAAGUGUGAGACCAAGUGAUAAUGACACACACCCUACCCCUGUGAAUUGGUCAACAGUUCAGACAGACAACAUUGUGCAUCUGUGCUUGAUAUUUGGUGGUAUGGACACUCAAGGUGAAAUUUACAAUGACUGCUUUGUGACUCUUAUCAAAGCCAGCUAACAGCUUAUUGGUCAGUUCAACUUAUUGCAUCCUGCUCCGCUACAUCAGUGGUUCUCAAUGUGGGCCAUUUCCAUAUUGGAUUUUGUAGGGGCUAGAAGUAAAAGAACAAGAAACUGGGGGCUACGAGCUUUUGAAUGGGCCAUCAGUUUACUAUUUUGAUGAAAUUACUAAAAAUAAAUAAAUGUGACGUAAUUGACGUUGUACAA